AGGAGAGCCCAGCCAAGCGGGAAGCGAGGCCGGCCGGGGCUGCGCGCCAUGAACGCCAAGCGCACCGAGAGCGACUGGCAGGGGCUGGUCAGCGAGUACCUGAUCUGUAAAAGGAAACUGGAAAGUAAGAAGGAAGCAUUGCUAAUCCUUUCCAAGGAACUGGACACAUGUCAGCAGGAAAGGGACCAAUACAAACUGAUGGCGAAUCAACUGCGGGAAAAGCACCAAUCACUGAAAAAGAAGUACCGGGAACUGAUUGAUGGGGACCCAUCUCUUCCUCCUGAAAAAAGGAAACAGGCCAAUCUUGCUCAACUUCUAAGUGAAUCUCGGGAUCAAAAUAAGCGUCUGGCAGAAGAAAUCAAAGAACUUCAGCAGAGGCUGGGAGAAGUACAAGGGGACAAUAAGCUCCUGAGAAUGACAAUAGCCAAACAACGGCUUGGAGAUGAGGAAGUUGGGGCCCGUCAUUUUGCACCGCAUGAGCGUGAAGAUCUCGUCCAGCAGCUAGAGAAAGCGCGGGAACAGAUUGAGAGUCUGCAACAUGACCUUCAAGCAGCCCUGGACGAGCUUCAGGAUGUAAAAGAAGAGCGUUCUUUUUAUCAAGAGAAAUCUGACAGAUUAAACCAGGAGCUGAACCAUGUUCUAGGGGGACACAUCAACCGCAUUAUUGAUGUUGAUGCUCUCUGUAUGGAGAACAGAUACCUUCAUGAACGAUUAAAGCAAAUUCAAGAAGAGGUCAACCUUCUAAAAUCAAACAUUGUGAAGUAUAAGAAUGCUUUAGAGAGACGGAAAAAUUCCAAGACUAAUAGUAAGUCAAAUAGCAGUGCGCUAACAGGAAUCCUUUCUGCAAAGCAAGUGCAAGAGCUGUUAUCAGAUCAUGGAUGUAGCCUGCCAGCCACACCACAGUCCAUUUCUGAUCUUAAGUCUUUGGCUACUGCAUUGCUGGAGACAAUCCACGAGAAGAACAUGGUCAUUCAGCAUCAAAGGCAAACCAACAAAAUUCUAGGUAAUCGUGUAGCAGAAUUGGAAAAAAAGCUGAGAACCUUAGAAGUCUCUGGUUUGUGGAGUCUUCCAGGUGGCAAGGAUACUAUCACAUUCAGUGACCCUGGUCUUCCUGUUAUCCAAAGGUCUCUGUCACCGUUAUUAACUUUCACCGAUAAGCCACAAGAGGAGACAGAAGGCGGACAAGCAUGGGAACUGAAGGAAACAUAUGCUGUUAAGACAGAUUUGAUGUUGCCAAAGAAAACAGCCACUGUUUCUGAUGAACUGCGCACCCACCAAGACAACUGCAACAAAUCCAGUCAUUUUCAUCGGUCAUUACCCCAGUUUCCUUCUGACGAAGACAACACAAAUAGGAUUGGGAAUGAAGUCAUUAAGCUGACAGAAGUACAGGCAGCUGUGGAGCUGGAAGAGACCAGAACAGAAUGCCGGCUGGAGAGCCAGGCAGCAGGUCCGCCAGAGCUCAGUGGCUUCUCUGAAGGAGAGUCCCCCUCAUCCAGCCCCCACCUCUCUGACUCCACAGAGCCUGGCAAUGCAGAUGAAAAUCAGUCCCGGGGAGAAGAGGACUGUGAUACCUCAGGCAGCGACGCUGAGGACAUAAGCCCCGCAAAGGACCAAAAUGGGUACAGUUCGGACACUGGGAAGGACAGAGAGUCCGAAGAACUCACUCUUCCGAAUCCAAGUCUAAGUUACAUCCCAGGUGAUUCCCCUGGGGCUGUGGGAGAGACCCCACUUGGCCAGGACUCCUUAUGAAUUGUGCUGCGGAAGGCAUGUAUUCCCCUAGUCCUCAAGGGGACCCCUAGUCCACCUAAAUCAAUAUCAAAACGGAGCAGGAACGCAAUGAUGGCUUUCAAAAAUUCCAGCCUCUACUAUGUGCCAUGAUUAACAUUACUAGUUGGAGCGAUAUAAUGGAGCAUAAUGAGAUUUGGCACCGCAUUCUGUUUUAUCAUGGCAGUUAUAUCUCCAUCUCUUUAGUAUAUAUAUAUAUAUAUAUAUAGCCAUGAGGAAGAGGGGGGGAAAGUAUUUAGCAUUUGGCUAAGAUAAGGAAUCAGAAAGGAUGCCGUUUAAAAGCUCUGAUCAGGAAAAGUCUUGUUUCUGUAUAUUUCCUCAAAUUUACAUAGAGUAACACAAAACUAAAAGGUGUCUUGAUAUAAAGGAUGAUAUAAAGGAUGCUUCAUGCGCAUGUUGUCUCGCCACAUGUCAAAGUCUAGACUUCCAAAGGCUUGGUUUUGCUCUCGAACAAGUUUUUUUUUUCCAGAAUAACUACAGAGGUACAAAAGUCAUGUGACAGGGAUCUGUGUGUGUGUGCUGAUUUUCUCCAGUUGUGGGUAAGGUCUCCCUUAUCCGUGUGUCUGUGUGUGCGUGCGUGCGUGUGUCCCUUUUCCUGCCCUGUCCCCAACCAAAACUGUCUUUUCCCUCUGUCGGCUGCAUAACUGCUGUCCUGGCAGCUUCAUAUCUUGGCUUUCCUAUGGCUGUUGGUUCCUCAAGCCUUGGCUCACGUUUUGCAUGGUAUCAAAUAGCGGCCAUGCAUUCUAUGAGUGGACUGGCUCCUCCAUUGUGAAAUAGCCUCUUUAGAACAUGAAGAAGGAAGAGUUUGAGGCUUUCGUAUACUCUGUUUUCCUUUGGGCAAUAUUAAGCGUACACUGGUGAAGAGGGAAAAUAAACGUCCCUUUUCCUUUUCGGAGCCUUGUUGAUAGUAGCUGAAGUGAACCUCUUUGAUACGCAUUUUCCCCUUUUAAAACCCUUCCCACAGUGGCAAUCAAUUGCUGUCCAUGUGGGAAAGCAUCUGGAGGCCUCCUGGGCCGGCCAAGUGAAUGAUUGUGCAGCCUUUGUGAUGCUUUGUGAUGCUCAGUCUUCAUGAUGCUGAAGCGGUGCUUGCUUGUUCCUGGUAGGACAAUGGCUGCAGAAUAUUUGCGGCUGUUAUUUUGCAGCUGUUGAACUAAAAGGGAGAGCUGCUUUCUGGGAUUUCCCCCCCCCCCAAAACGGGAAACAAUCUCAGCAGCUGUGGAGCUGGCCUGGGCCUCCAGCCAUAGAGGCAAUUUUCCUGCUGGCUUGGGAACCUAAUUGCCUGUAAAUGUUCAUUUCUCACUCCUAGAACUUAAAACCAAUUGAAGAGAGGAUUAAUCCAAAUUUAACAAUGCCGCUUACAAGAAGUGGGAAAUCCUUCUUGUAUUGAGCCCUUAUUUGACAAAAUAAAUACCUACCAGCUGCACAUUAUUAUGAUCAGCUUGUCAGAAACUCCAAAAGGGCUGGGUUCUCAUUGGAAAUAGUGGCAGACCCAACUCUGUCAGCCAGCCUGGCUAGAUAGCAGGUGUUGCUAAGAUCAAAAUACUAACUGAACAAGCAAAUUGGCUGAGUCUUCUGGUAAGACACUUGUUCUUUAAGGAGGUGUAAAAUAGGCUCAUCGAUGGUCUUCAGUGUAGCCCCUCAGUAGCCCAAAAGCUAAGAAAAACCUGUCCUGAGCAGCCGGCUCGUGCAAGUGCAGUCCCUAGGUGAAUAACAGUGGAAAAGAGCAAGAGUCCAGGAGCACCUAUAAGACUAACAAAAAUAGUGGUAGGGUGUGGGCUUUUGUGAGU